AUGGGCCGGCAUCAUGUCAGAAUUAUAAUUGUGACCUUUCAAAUUCCUGUCGAGUGUAUGAUGGAGGAGAAAGAACGCAGACAAGACAUCUCGCACAUUGAUCAACUGACAUUUACUGUCCGGUACAUUCAUGGAUGUGAGCCUGUGGAGCGUUUUCUCAAGUUCAUCCCCAUCUUUUCUCAUGGAGCGAAGAAUCUAGCAGACACUGUUGUAGAUUUCCUGAAAGAGAACAACAUACCGUUAUCAAACUGCCAUGAUCAAUCUUAUGACAAUGCCUCAAAUAUGUCUGAACGCUACACUGGAUUGCAAGCACGGAUCCGUGAACCGAAUGAAUUCGCCAUCUAUGUCCCUUGUGCUGGACACAGUCUGAACUUGGUGGGAGUAAAAGUGGCAGAGUGUGGUCCACAGAUUGUCUCCUUCUUUGAAUUUGUUCAGCGUUUGUACUCCUUUUUAUCGGCUUCCACACAUCGUUGGAAUGUACUGAAGUCAUCUUUAGGAAAGGAUCAUGUUGUGGUCAAGUGUCUCUCUGACACGAGAUGGUCGGCACAUUUUGAUGGUGUCACUGCUCUGCAUGGAGGUUUCGAGAAAAUUCAAGAUGCACUGGAUGCUCUAUCAGCUGACACUGACCAGGAAGAAAUUAGAGACAAAUUCAAUGAAUAUGAACUGAAGGGCAAGAGUACCCAUAGGUGUCUAGGUUCGGAUUAUAGCGAUGCAAACAAGCGUGAACGAAAGCUAAGUGUGGAAACAUUCCUCCCUAUUCUGGACUCUCUGAACUCUGACCUGACAAAACGUGCAGAAGCCUACCAAUGGAUUGGAAAUCUGUUUUCCUUCUUCGGUCAAUUGAAAACAAUUGAUUCUGAGGAGCUAAACAAAAAGUGUGAAAAAUUGGCCAAUAUGUACCACAAAGACCUUGAUUGCGGUGAACUUCUAAAUGAAUGCAAGUAG